UGCUGAAUGGAGCUGAGAGACGCCAUUACAGGGUGGAGUAUCUCUACUAUAAACAUUAAAUCAGAAGGAUUGUAAUCUGUAAUUUAAAGAGACACAGAUUCGGUGAGUCUUGCUGUUUAAAGAUAUUCACAUAUCAGAGCAAAUGGCUGAGAAAACCGCUCUUUUUGAAGGUUUCCUGAACUGCCCUGUUUGUUCAGAGACGUUCAGAGAUCCUGUGUCUCUGAGCUGCAACCACAGCUUCUGUUCAAGCUGCCUGCAACUAUUCUGGAAACAAGUUGAAAACAAAAACUGUCCCAUUUGUAAAAGAAGAUCCUCAAAUGACAGCCCUCGGGAGAAUUUUGCACUGAAGGGACUGGCUGACUCGUUUGCUGAGAGACAGAAAACUGGAUCAUCUGAGACAGAAAAAGGAGAGAAGAAGGUGGAGGUGGUGUGUAGUAAACACGGAGAAGAGGCUAAACUGUUCUGUGAGGACGAGCAGAAAGCUGUGUGUCCUGUCUGUGAGUUUUCUCUCCACCAGAGUCACAAGGUGGUUCCUAUAGAACAAGCAGUCAGUGACCUGAAGGACCAGCUGAGAUCUGACUUAGAGUCUCUGCAGGACAAGAGGGACAAACACAAGCAAGUGGAGGAAACAUACAAUGAAAUGAUUGAACUCUCCAAGAAGCAGCUGUUGUCCACAGAGAGGCAGAUCAGAGCAGAGUUCAACAAGCUCCACCAGUUCCUGAAAGAGGAAGAGGAGUCCAGACUGGCAGCUCUGAGGGAGGAAGAGGAGCAGAAGGGGAAGACUAUCAGCAGAGAGAUGAAGAUGAUUCAGGAGCAGAUCUCCUCUCUGUCAGACAGCAUCUCUGCUGUUGAAGAAGACCUGCAGAAACACAACGUGUCAUUCCUCAGCAGUUAUAAACCCACUCAGACCAGAGCCAGAGCCAGAGUCCAGAGCUCACUGUCAGAUCCACAGCUGGUCUCAGGAGCGCUGAUAGAUGUGGCCAAACACCUGGGCAACCUGUCCUUCCGAGUCUGGGAGAAGAUGAAGGACAAGGUCCACUUCAGUCCUGUCAUUCUGGACCCAAACACUGCAAACCACUGGCUCUAUCUGUCUGAUGAUCUGAUCAGUGUGAGACGUGGAGACACAUUCCAGAAGCUUCCUGACAAUCCAGAGAGAAACACAGAGUGUGUCAUUGUUCUGGGCUCUGAGGGCUUCAGCUCAGGGAAACACAGCUGGGAGGUGGAGGUGGGAGACCAUCCUGAGUGGACUUUAGGUUUGAUUAAAGAGUCAGUUGACAGGAAGGGAGAGUUACAUGUUUCACCAAAAUAUGGAGUCUGGUGUUUACGUCAUCGUAGUGGAAAUUACACGAAUGGAUCUGGUCAGACUGUCAGAAUGAAGAAGAGUCUCCAGAGGAUCAGAGUCCAGCUGGACUAUGACAGGGGGGACGUGUCCUUCUACGACCCUGAAGACAUGACUCACAUCUACACUCACAGAGACACUUUCACUGAGAAACUCUUCCCAUUCUUCAAUAUUGAAGAAGCUGGUGAUGCUGAUAUCAAAAUCUGCCAAACUGAUAUUUCUCCGUGAUGUUCAGGGAGGGUGGUGAGGUCUCAGUGAAUUAUCAGGAUUUUUAUAAUGGAGGUGUUUCUUUGUUAAUAACAGACAAUUCCAGUUAGUUCUUUAAUUUGAUAGUACAUGAAGAAAAUGUAGUUAAAGAAACAUAAGAUUUGAAUAAACAUGUGUUUUUUAUGUAAAUAUGCUGAAAGAACUGGGACCAGUAGAUUUCAUGUGAUCAUUUUAUUUUCACAUUUAUCUACAGAUUUGUUUUUAAUCUUAAGGAUGAGCAACAACCUUAACAACCUUAUUUCAAAUACUCUUUAAUUUGAUCAGCUUACCUUUUUUAUUUUUUACAUUUUAGAAUCAUUCAUCUUUCAAUUAUCACAUUAUUUUUCAGUAAAUAUCUUUCUUUAUUUACAAAAUCAUUCAGAUUUGUAAAUAAUUAAUUUAAAUAAAAUAUCAAAAUGUUACUGUGCAUAAUGGACCAAACAGCAAAUGUUGAUGCAUUAAUUAACCUGUUACUUCCCAUUUCAAAAAAAUUGUGAAAAUGCUAAAUAAAAAAUAAAAAAUCUUCAAAUGUGAGCAGAUGUGUAGAUUGUUUUCUUUAUAAAUAAUGUUUUACAACUAAUCAUUGUUUAUUUUAGUAAUAUGGAUUAGUAAAUUGCAUGUUUUCUACCUGGUCAGCAAAUAUUGUGGUCAAAAACAUGAAUGAGUGACUUCUAUCAAUACAAAGCUGUGCUGCAGUUUGAUGUGUUUGCAAACACAGAAACCGAUUGACUUUUCUAUUUCAAUGAUCAUUUUUAUUGAUAACACCGUAACACAUUUUCUUGAAGUCAUAGAAACACGUGUAGCACGUAAGAGAACAGAGCAAUAAUCCGAAGAAUCAGAGAACAAGAGGAUUAAUAUUAUCAUACAGAAGAAACCCAAAGAGACAAAAAGAGACAAAGGGAAACUA